CAAGCGCAUCAGACGCACGAGGUUGCAGCUAGGAAGAACAGCUGGGAUUGCGAAGCUCUUCGAUCCGAGUAUACAACCACCUCGGCUCCGUUCCCUCUCUGUGUGCACUCAUCUGUCGGCGGCUCGUCUGCGAUGCUGCCCCAUCCUAGAACUGUCCGCUCGUCGUAUGCUCUGGUUCAAAUAACAAACUUUAAUGACGUCUUGAAGAUCGACCUAGAAUCCGCUUCGUCACUCGUCAGCUGAUUUCCACAUAGUGUGCUAUCCCCCUUUCUUCUACACAGAUGUCAGACGGACAAUGUGCUCGGCCGAGAGUUACGAUGGAUGGCUUGCGACUCCUUCGACACACAUCUGUCAAAUGAGUAGACGACAAAAUGACGAGUACUGUGUCUCAUUAUACGAAGUAGGGUUAGUGGAAAAACUUCUGCCCGACGGUUAAUCAACGCAAAACAUUGGCUUGUGUUGAUUGUGUAUGUCGUCCGCUUUGUGAACACUUCAUGGUGUGGAUUUUUUUGUUUUGAUGCCAUCGGCAUUAUUUCGACUUUUUCUCGAUGGUACUUAGAUGGAUCGGCCAGUGCGGGAGCUCCUAGAUUCUUGCACAGCUUCCAAUUCAUCAUCUGACGCUUUGUUGACAGUUACCAGUGGGGGACAUUCCGGGUCAAACACUCCUCUGUCGACGGGACGGCUUCUAUCGAGAAAUGCGAAUGGGACAAUCGCCAUGACGUCCCAACCGACGAAUGAGUCGGAACUACAACUGUAUCGAGUCCUCCAAAGAGCUAAUCUACUGGCUUAUUACGACACCUUCAUUUGUCAAGGAGGAGACGAUGUUCAGCAACUUUGUGAAGCCGGCGAAGAAGAGUUUCUGGAAAUAAUGGCUUUGGUAGGGAUGGCUAGUAAGCCGCUGCAUGUUCGACGGCUCCAGAAGGCUCUUCAAGAGUGGGUGAGCAAUCCCACCAUGUUCCAGACGCCCCUUGUUCCCGCCCUGCCACCGAGUCACCCAAACCACCAUCUGGGUGGAAUGGGGGGCGGGGUGACCCGGGGCGGCCUCCAGGGAAACAUGUCCCAGGCUCAGCCGCCCAUGCCUAUGCGGCCCAGCCCUCCGAUCCCACCGAUGCUCACCAACAACGCCCAUUCGUCCCCUUCCCCUGGACACGGAGCACAAAGCGCCGCCGCCAAGGACGUGACUUCCCCUUCGCAGAUGCAGCAUCUUCAUCAUCAACAACAACAGCACCAACAGCACCAGCAGCAUCUUCAUCAGCAACACCAGCAACAACAUCAUCAAUCCCAUGCUCCGCCACAGUCUUCACAACAGUCCUCCCAACAGCUGCAGCAACAGCAGCAGCAGUCACAACAACAACAACAGCAGCAACAACAACAGCAGCAGCAGCAGCAACAGCCUCCUCCGCCCACCCAUAGUCAAUUGCAGCAAAUGUACUCGCAGUCCUUGCCGCCUGGCUGCGGCGAGUAUCCAACGAGUGACCCCAUGUUGUCUCUGACGCCUGUUCUGUGCGAAAGCCAAAUCCAGAGACUGUCCGAGACUACGGAGUCCAUGAUCCCGUACCUCCUGAUGCAGAUUGACCCCAAACUUCCCAAUAGCAAGAAGAGGAUGAGUCAAGAAUUAGAGUACGUGAUGAAUAUGCCCGAAGAUGACCCCCGGCGGAUGGACGAAAUACGGAAAUAUGCGGCAAUCUAUGGCAGAUUCGACUGCAAAAGGAAGGCGGAGAAACCACUCACUCUUCACGAGGAAUGGUUCCAGGUGUCAGUGAACGAGGCAGCAGCUCAAAUCUGCAAGCAUAUUCCUGCUCUGCUUACUCGUAGAGAUGAGUUGUUUCCAUUGGCAAGACAAGUAGUCCGAGACAGUGGUUAUCAAUACUCCAAAGGUCAUUCCAGAUCUCAAAUGUAUAACAAAUCUUUUGAUGAAGAAACCUGUAAAAGAUUACGCUUGGAUGCCAGUCCCGGUCAAGCAGGUGACAAACCUCAACUUGAUGAAGAGCGUAAAAAGAGACAGGAAAGACUCGAAGCUAUUUCAGAACAGCUAAAGCUCCUUGGUAGUCAACAGGAAGAAUUGAAAACUCGUUUGCAACAAGCUCGAGAAGUUCAAAACUAUGCGGCGGUAACACAUUUGCAAACCCAGCUGGAUCAGAUCUCUGCACAACAAAUGCAAUUGAUAAAUGAUCAGAGUGACAUAAAUAAGCAACUUAGAAGAAUAGAAAGAUAUUACCUUGGUGGUAAAGGAUGUGGAAGACUGUCUUCGUGCUCAGAUCCUGACAAAAUAGAUAAUGAUGAUACUGAUUCACAAUUUUCUGCAUACAGUAAUGCUUCUUCUCCUACUUUAAGUCAUGAUGCCCAUGAUUCACCUUCACAAGAUUCAAAUCAAUCUGCGCAUACUACUGAUGUUUUCGGAACAAUGAAGAUGACUAUGAAGAAAACCAGUGUUCAAAUAACUAAGCAGUUAGUUCAAGAAACGUUAAUUGAUGAAGGUCUUCGUGUUGUAAAAGAACUGGCCAACCAGAUUAAAGAAGAUUGUGAAAUUUCAGCAUUGGCACCACCAAAUGUUAGUCCCCCUCGGAACAACAGCAGUGGUAGCAGCACAACUUCAAAUGGUCCUACUCCGAAUGUUUCCAACAGUUCCAAACCUGAAACUGGAAGUCGUCCUCGAGGUAGGCCUCCGAGACUCGAUAGAGACUAUUCAAUAACAACAGCUUCUGCCACUGGAGGUGGAUCAAGAGCACCUACUCCUAUGAGCCAUCCGCCUCCAGCAUCUACUCCUUCUCCUUCCACCACAAAUAACAAUUCUAACAGUAACAAUGGAGGGAAUGCUCCUGCAUCAUCACCAUCUGCUCAAAAUGGACGUACUAUGUCAUCUUCUGCUAUGAAUGGUCCAGCAUGCUCCUCUGAAACCCAUAAUAACAACAGUAGUACUAGCAUCCCAAUCAGUGCCUCGUCUCAUUCAGUGGAUGGAUUUGCAAUGCCAAUGACAAAUGGAACUAAUGGCCUCAGCCAUCAUCAUCACCAUCAGCAUCAUCAUCAGCAACAUGGGUCUGGAGGCAGUAAUUCUCCUGUUGUUGAUAUAACUUCUUCUCCUGAACCUAUGGGAAAAGGAGCUUCCAACAGUCUUAAUGCCCUUCUUGCCUUUUCUCAAAAAGGAAUCAAACAAGAGCCCUCCUCUCCAAACAAUGCUUAUAAAAUAGACUGAGGCCUCUUCAGUAUUAAAAUGCUCUAACCAAACUUCUACUAUUUCUCAUGUAGAUAACUUUUUAACAAAGAUUUUUAUUUUCUCUUUAGUAUAUAUUCUGUUACUGCAUCCACACUUUUAUUUAUGUUUUAUAAUUUUAGCCCUGUUAUUUUUACUGCUUUUGUACAUUAGAUUUAUCAUUUUGUGUGCUACCUGCCAAAAUGAGCAGAAAUGACACUAUGCUAUUUCUACUUCAAAAGUAUAGUUACUAGUUAUCUAACAUAAUUAAGAAAAACAUUUCAAAUUAAGAUAUUGUUACAUAGAGAGGCUCUGAAUAGGGCUGGAGGUUUAAUCCAUUCCAUUGGUGCAGUAUAAAAUAUUUGUGUGCAAUAACCUGUUGUUAAAGUCCUUCCAUUCAUGGAUUCGGGCCAAAACUAAAAGAAAAAGGACUGGAAAUCUUGGCUGAAUAAUGUCUGUGAUUAUUUGUUCUUCAAUCCGUAAAUAUACGUUUUAGCAAUUCAAUACUGACCUGGUCAGUGCUCUUGCAAUGUGCCGUGAAUUUUGUGUGUGCAUGUUGCUUUAUGGAAGUCCUAGACGUCCGCAUUUGCCUAGUCCAGUGUGACCAGUGCAGUACUUGUCUGAUUUUAUUCUGAUAAAAUAAAAGACAGACGUUAAACUUCUGAUGGAUCUUUCACUUGAAGAGAACCUCUUAGGUGGUGCUCAGCAGGAGACAGAUACAUUAUUCCCAACAAACUCUCCUCUUAUUCAGUGGUUUUCAAAACCAAAAGCUUCAGGCCGGUGGCAUGAAACUUGAAAGACAUGAUUUUAGGGACGUGUAUAAAAUGAAGUGCAGAAUGAGCUUAAUCUUUGUAAAUCACUUGAAAUAAUCUCCUGCUCAUAAAGUGGAAAACAUUUUCCCUGAAACAACUAUCUAUGCCAAGUGUGAGUGCAACAGAAACAGAAUACAAAGAUUUCUGUUCUCUUUCUCAUCUUUGUUAAAAAAAGAUGAUAUAAAUAUAUAGCUAUAUAUAGGGGAAAUCGAAUAUUGGUGUUCUACAGAGAUCUGCAGUAUCAUCAUACCAUACUUGAUUCAGAUAUCUGUGAUUACAGUCAUUUAUUUGUCAUGCUUGUAAGCUUUUCUUAUACAUAUGAUAUCACUGGAAACAGAUAUUGGAAUAUGAGCUGGACUUGUAAAGUACAAGAGGAAAUGGAAUGGGAACAAUGAAACCAUCUUAGUUGACAGAAAACAACAAUCAGUGCAUUUAGUGAUAUGAUGCCAAAAUUGUACUUGAAAAAGUGAUGUUCCAUCUUAGUUUUCUAAAUUAAGAGUUGUGUGAUGUGAUAAAAUGUGAUAGUGUUUACAUCCUUAAAUGUUAUGCACAGAUAGCUACCAAAGUCUCAAUCGCAUAUGACUUUCUCAUUCAGCAUUCUUUAAGCUCCAUGGGCUGAUAACUAGUCUUCGAUUGAAGAAUAAACGAGAAAUCAAACAUUUUGAUAUAACAAAUUGCACUAUCCUAUUAUCAGUUAACUCACCAAAAUGCUUGGAGUGUCAGAGAAUGGAUAUAUCUGUACACUUCAGGUUUUUUGGUGGUGUUUAAAAAAACAACUUCUCGUUUGAAUUUAUUUUCUUAUUUUUGAUUUCAAAUACUAUUCCAUUGCCAGGCUAAAUUUACCAAAUUUAUAGUGCUGAUAGCCUUGAACAUCAGCUCAUGUAAAAGUUUCAUUGGCUGAUACAAAUUCAAUGUAAUAAAUACAUACUAAUUGGUCAUCUGUCCAGGCUAUAAGCACUACUAAAGCAAUUCAUUAUCUCAAUAGGAUUUAUUUUUCAUUAAAAUAUUUUCUACGGUUUAUAUUUUAUGAUUCUAAUCACUCUAAAUGCAAUAUUGAUAACACUAGCACUGCUCGCACUACAAUAAAUCUUAGGCGAAUAGAAGUGAGUAGUGUGAUAGUGUUGAUUUUAUUGUAUAUCGAUUAAUGUUCAAGGCUAUAUUGGUGUGCAUUUCUUAAUAUAUUGCUUAUAUAACCCAAACUUUCGUUGCUCUUAAAUGCCUUAGAUGUGGCUUUGUUCUUCCUGUUCAAAUCAGAAUUUUUUAGGUUUGUAAAUAAUCUGUGGAAUAUAAAUAUUUAACCUAAGAAAUAAUUAGUUUGAUGGGCAUAACUGAAUGUUUAUAAUGAAUGAUUUCAUUACCAAAUGUUUUGCAUGGGCUUUUAAAAAACAUUUUAACCACUGUAAAUUUUCUUCUGAAUAGAAAUUUAUAAAUAACUUCAUUAAAAAGUACAGUCAUUCGAUGCAACUCGCUAAUUUCCUAAGUAGAUAUUUUAAUAUUUACUCUCGUUAAGUUUAGGACAGUAUGAUAUUACUUAAUCAAAGUUCAUUUACUGUUAGAUUUGAUUAAUUGCCAGACUGUCAUUAUUUACUUUACUUAUAAGUACUGCACUCAAACCUCAUUCGCUUGUGCAAUAAAUCUGAAAUUGGUUUGUAAAUGUGUUGAAUUCACUAUAUCAAUAUAUAUUAGUGUUUUUUCAAAAGAACUAUAUUUGUAAUUUCUCUAGUUAUAUAUAACUAAAUAUUCCAUGGGAAAAUAAAAUUUUAAUUCAUUUGUGCAAUACCUUAUUACCCCUAAUAUCAUGCAAAUUUAUUUAAUGUGUAGUUGGUUUUAACAAAAAUCUUUUACUGUUACAUUUUUUCACUUAGCGUUUAUAUUGUUUAUAUUGCCUUACAUUAUUAAAGUCGAUGAAAAACUUGAUAUAAAAUAUUUGCAAUGGUUGGGGUUACCAUAUUUUUAUUUGUUUUAUUGUAAUUAUUUUUUCUGAGUUUUAGUUACAUUUUUAUAGUUAAAUGGUACUGUUAAUGAACUUAAUUUGAGUUGAAAUUAGAGAAUAAUAUUGUUAUAAAGUUAAACAUUUAUCGAUGUAAUCUUCAUAAGCCAAUGAUUUAUAAAUAAACCAAUUUGCAAUAAAUAUUAAAUGGUUUUACUACUUUUGUAUAUAUGUGUUAUUUACAUUUUGUGGUAUGAAUUCAGACUUUUGAAGAUUGUAUUUAUUAUCCAGUAUUGUUGUUAUAGAAAUCAAUUUCCUCUUUUAUAAUGUAACUGAAAAUAAAAUAUCCCAACUAUAUAUCCUGAAGUAUAUCAGGCUAAAUAUUAAAGGCUUGAACUUUGAGUCCAACUGUUUACCAUAUAAAGACACUUACAAUAGCCAAUUAUAAUAUUGUUUGUUUUUAGAUUAAAUUUAUUUUGUCCAUUGCUUUUUUUAUCUAUUAAUUCAAGCAUUUUCCAUCGUCAUGUUUAAAGAAUUAUUUAUAGUUAAACGUGGCUUUGACUUCAGCAGAAAAAUGAAGAGAAUCUAAGAUUUACUGUUUCAAAAUGUGCUGAAAAUAGCAAUUUUUACUUUGUAAAUCUUCGAUGUUAUGCAAGAAUGUAUUGGUCAAUUUUUGAUUUUUAAAAUACUCAAUCGCAAUACUCAUGUAAUUUAUUUGUCCUAUUUUGUGUAUUAUGUGAUGUACUUUCGGCUAGAAAGGAAAUGAAUCUCACUUUAUUUUUUUGAUGAAUUACAGUUUUAGAUAAGUUUAUAUAAUACUCUUGUGUUGUGUAUGUCACUGAAAAGAUCAUAAAUCAAAAUGUGUGUGAAAUUUCAGGCAUAUUCACUCUUCAUUUUUCAGAGUUUCCUAGCCUAGUCUCUUAAUUUUAAUGGAAACUUUGCUGUUGUCACUGCAACUGCAAUGCGAUUGAGGUGUAUUUUUGUCAAGAGUGUUCCUGUUUUGGCUGUCAUAUCUGAAUAAAAUUCAAUUCCCCUUCUGUCAA